AUGCGACUUCUCAACAUUGAUUCCUUUGAACUUGAAGAAUUCCUCGGCGAUAGUCCUCCGCCUUACCCUAUCUUGUCGCACACUUGGGGCCCAGAAGAGGUUAACAUGUGCUGUAUCGAUAAAUCAAGCAGUGCAGAGUUGUCAGAGGCCGUUAACUCGAUGUAUCGAUGGUACUCAAAAGCCGAAGUAUGCUACGCCUACGAGUUUGAAUGUUCGAGAUGGUUUACAAGAUGUUGGACGUUACAGGAGCUCAUCGCGCCUCCUUUAGUUACAUCCUUCAACACGUCUUGGCGUAUUAGUGGGACCAACAGUUCACUUCUCAAUGUCAUGUCACUUUGCAACUUGAUUUUCAUGGGCAUCGAAAGGACGUGUACGAAACAAGAAGACAUGGCAUAUUCGUUUAUGGGUCUGUUCGAUAUCAAUAUGCCCGUUAUAUAUGGUGAAGGCGAGAAUUUUUGUUCCAGUUUACAAGAUAUAUUUAGGCAUAGCUAUGAUCAAUCAAUAUUAGCCUAA